AUGACAGAAUCAUCACCUUCCCACGAUGCUCGUAUUCUUACCAAACGACAAAGAGCUAAGUUAGAUGACAAUUAUGAUUCAGACUUGCUUCAACUUCCAAUGGAACCAAUGAAAAAAAAACAAUUAACUGAGGAGGAAAUGCUUUUAAAAAAGUCAGAAAUUGCGCGAAGAAGAAAGCACCAAAGUAUCCAACGUGCUGAACAAGAUAAGAUGGACACAAUUAAUCGCCUUUUAAAAAAACAAGCGUCUAAAAAACGAUCAAAGGAUCAGGACGAAACUGACAGUAUUAACAAAGAUGAUAAUGGUACAAAUCCACAAACACCAGUUGCAUUUCAUUAUGUUACCAACAAAGAUGGUUGUACAUUAUCAAUUCCACAUGAUGUUGAGAUGCCAAUUCAAUUUUCAAAAGGACCAAAUUAUCCACCGCCUAUCCCUUUAUGUUCAGUAUCUGGUUGUACGCUUCCUAAGAAAUACCGUUGUGUAAAUACGCUCAAGUAUGCGUGUUCUAUGGAGCAUCUUAAAAAAGUAGAUACACUUGUCACACAAAAGUUUUGA